GAUUUAUAGCGCGCAAGGUACGCAGUCGCUCGCCUAGUGCCUCGGCGUGUGUCGCCAACUCCGCAUAUCGCAGCUUUGUAUUCAGCGCGUCCUUGGAGGCGCCAUGCGACGAACCAUCACCUGGGAGCCGGAACAAAUUCAUGGAGACAACGUGGUCAAGCAGGUCGCAAGGAAUGGUCACGAGAAUGUCUCGGGCGGUGCCGGCGGUCCGGUGGUCUCGACUUUUCUCAACAGUGGUGUUGGCACUGACUGUGUCAGAAAGCCUGACACAAAGGUGUCCGGACCUGAUAGCGGACUCAGCUGGGUGGUCGCUGUGGUCAGCUUCGUGGUCUCCAUGAUCUCGGCAAGCUACUCCCGCUGCCUAGGGUUCUUCUUCACUGCCUUCAUGUCCACUUUUGACGUGUCUCGGGCCGAAGCUUCACUGCCACUGGCAGUGUACAUUGGCUUCAUGUUCAUGUCCGUAUGCUCUCCCCAUUUUCUGCCAGGUCUGUUUGCCGCCAUCCUUAUACCGGCGUAUGGGACGCGGAUGUCUACCAUUAUCGGAGGCACCUGCCUUACCGUGGGUCUCUCCGUGUCGUUCUUUGCCAAUGGGGUAACUGUCCUUAUCUUCACAGCUGGAUUUUUAUCUGGCUCUGGUCAUGGAAUAAUCAUCAACAGCGGCGUGGUCUGCGUGAGUCAAUACUUCGACAAGCGACGAGGAGUUGCGUUGGGACUUAACAUGGCUGGAGCAACCAUUGCCUCUCUGGUAUUCCCCAAGCUGUACGAGUACUUGCUCGCCGAGUACGGCCUUCACGGCACCUUUCUCAUUAUUGGCGCAUCGAUGGGGAAUGUGGUGCCCCUUGCAAUGGUUAUGAAGGCUCCUCCGUGGAAGGUAGCAGCACUUAAGGGAAACACCACUGACUCAGACGCCACGGACAAUUGCCAGAGGACAUACGACGCUCCAGUGGCAGGCGCCGUCUACGAGGGCCCGGACAAGCUCUGCCUAGAAAUGCAGAGAAAAUUGCAGAGCAGGAAACCGGCUCCGACUAGUCAAGUGCAUUGCGUAGAAAGCAUUUGCAGAAAGGGAACCGCCACCAGCCUCAAUGAAGUAUCAAGCGUCACCGAGAGCCGAAUAGGAAGCAUCGCCAACAUGACAGGGAAUGCGAAGAUGGUUUCCCGGCGCAGUACGCUCCUGCCUUGUCACCUUUCCACAAUAUGCAGGCGAGGGACUUUCACCAGUUGCGGUGGAGAAAGUUCAGCGUCCCAAGCUGAAGCGCCAGACUUGAAUGAGCUACGCGCCAGGCGAGGAACUAUGCUAAGCGUCGCAGGAUCUAUGUACGCAAGCAACAAAACUUCAAGGCGCUCCAUCGCGGCAAACGCAGGGCUGUCUCGCAGAGCCACGGUCACCAGCAUCAGCAAAUCUCAGGGACUCAACGCCUCAGCAAGAUGCUGUGACUCGAUGAGCCACGAACUUCCCACGAAUCAAGAACAGGUGCCUAGCUCUACGUCGGUGCUGCAGAACACCCUGCAGGUGCUCAAGAAUCCGCGAUUCUACUUCCACGCGUUGAGCUACGUGUCGUGGGGCUUCUUCAUUGACUGUUUCUUGUCGGUGGUGUUCGACUUCGCGCAAGACGCCGGCGUAGCGCGUGCCGACACUGUGCAUGCGCUGACUUCCUUCUCGGCCACAGACUCCGUGGGCCGGCUAUUCGUUCCCUGCUUGAGCGACUAUAACCUGAUCUCGAACUGCGGUUUGCUCACCAUCGCUUACUUGAUGCUAAGUCUUCUACAGCAGGUGGCACCAUACGUACGGGGAAAGGAAUGUGUCUGGGCCCUCACAGCGGCGUUUGGCCUGCCAGCUGGUUACAUAAUGGUCGGAGCCUCUCAGAUCCUGUCGACUGAAAUUGACUCGAAGAACCUCCCAAUCGCUUAUGGCUUGAUGAACACAGCAACAGCUAUGGGAUGCUUCGUUAGGCCACUUCUCAUAGGGUACUUCCGGGACAACUACGGCAGCUACGAUGGCUUGUUUCGCUUCAUCGGUGGCAUGCUUGCGAUUUCCUUCCUGUUCUCUUUGGGCCUUUGGAUCACCGACCGGUGCAAGAAGCGAAAUGCCGUCAACGCCAUUCCGGACGCCUCCGUAUCUAUUCCCGAGCCGACGACAACAAUGAAAGAGGAGCACACAUGCAUGUAAAAAGUAACGAGGAAG